AUGCCAACAGAAACAAAGACACAAAAACCCGCCGACGGAAAAGAACCAGCAGCUUCCAGCUGUGAGCUCUCAGGAGGCAGGGGCACAACAGGCCUUUAUUUUCCUGUGGAAACAUCGCUGGCCACCGUAACUGGCACAGGGUACAGGAGCGAGGCCGCGCCCCUGCAGCUCAGCCAGGGAAACAGCACUGCGCGCGUCCGCCGGGCACAGGCCCGCGGGGGACGGCCAAGUUCCGGGCUCGCGCUCCCCCGGCCCGUGGCCGGUCGCCGCGCGCCCAUUCGCUCCCGCGAGCCCUGGCCUGGCCAGUUGCGCAUGUGCGCGGCGCGCUCCUCACCACCCACGCGCUUCGAGCCCGCCCCGGCCGCUGCGCGCGGCCCGCUUCCGCCACGCCCGCCAUGGCGGCCACUGCGGCCCGCCCCUGGCCCCGCCUCCCAGGACGCCGCGCAGGUCACCUGA